AUGAUUCAGAGUAUUAAUGGAGAUACCCAAGACUGUCCUCCUCUCACUACUUAUCGCAGUCGCCUGAAGGUAGUGAGAAAACGGGCCACACAGUCCCAAAGACGAAGACAGGGUAGCCUAAGUCUUGCGGAUGGUGGGGAAUUCGAGAGGAUAUUCCGCAAGUCCUUGAAAGAAUGGGCAGUUUGCUACUCAGAGUCCAUCUUUGCUACCAGUACUGGUACCUUGCAGUGUACCAACAAUGCAGGUGCCACCGAGAUUGUUCAGGAGGGUGAAAGCCGAACGCCAGAAGAGACGGCUGCAGUGUCCGAGGACCCUCCUCCAGCUCGAGGAUCAGCCGUGAAGAAGAAGAAUAAGAGGAGGAGGAAGACAACAAAGGAUGUAUCCAAGCCAAGUGAUAUUGCCAACACCACCGAAAAGGGGCAGGUGGAGUCUUUGGGUUCCAAACCUCCCGAUUCCGUCCCUGUUGCAGGCCGAGAAAUAGUCACCUGCCAGUCCAAACCCCAAGACAGGUCUGCCAGCCACCAGAUGUUCUCCAAAACAUGUGAGCACAAGGCAAACCAUGUGGUUCAUCACAUCAAAGGCUCAUGUGUGCCAACCGCAACCCCGCGUCGGACUGUACGCUUAUCAGCAUGGUUUAAUGAUGAUCGGUAUGAUGGGGGAUCAUAUGCAACCUUGAACACAACUUCAGAGAUGGCGCAGGGCGCCGUGGCCAUGGACCUGCUUGAAUGUAUUAGAGAGAAAGUUCUCAGUCCAACACCAGCAGAUAGUGAAGAGUUUGAAACCAAGCUUAUACAGACUUGCUCGAGUUAUAUCCAGACAUGGACCGAGAAAGAGAGUACUUCCAUGACAGCGAACGUCAAGAUCUACACCACCAAACCUCCACCGGAAUACCAGCCAACUGGAACUGUCAAUUCCAGUGCUAAGGUGGGGCUGAUGUUAGGAGUAGGUGUGUGUUCUGACGGCCCGAUUGCCUAUUUGUUCAAUCCAGAUGUGCACCCAGAAGCCAGCGAGAUAUUUGUAGCUGCGGUUCACCAAGCAAGAAUAGCACCUGGCAGUAAGGCUUUCUCCCUUGUCAUCUCCAACACCAUUUCUUAUAUGGAAGGAUUUGCAGCAAAGAGGGUGCUGGGGGCGGUAAGCUUUGAGAUUCAUCAACGAGGUUUGAGGCAUCUGGGAGUGGACCUCCUGGACCCUAUGCUCAGUGGUCUCAUGCUGAGCAAACUUCAGUCCCAGAUGCCACAAGACACAAAGCAGCUUGUUCUUACUCAGGAGGGAAGAUGUUCUUUCAAGGCAGCACGUGACAUACUUCAGGAAGUAGGGUUCGGCGGCAGCGCCAGAGUGAACAUCGGAACAGAUCUGGCUAGUGAUGGAAAGUGCUUGCAAUGA